AUGGCGGCGGUCUACCUGCUAUCCGGCGUAGGAGCCGUGGCCACCUACUUCUCAAAAGACUUUUACCUCUUUUUGCUGACGCGCUUCAUCCAGGGUGGCGUGCUCCUCUCCAUAUGCAACAUCCCGUUUGUGCUAGGCGAGCUGUCCAAGUUCGAGGCCGGGAUACUAGGUGGAUCUAGCGGAAGCGGGAUAGUAGCGGAAGCGCUGGAGCAACGUGACAUGCAGUUUGAAGAGGCGCUACAGAUGGUGGGAGAGUUCGGCCCAUUCCAGUGGCUUCUCGUCGGUUAUCUGGCCGUGUUCAUGGUUCCCAUGCACGCCAUCCCGAUGUCCGCGCACGUCUUCACGCUGCUCGAGCCUCCGCAUUGGUGCCGCCAGCCGGAGCUCGAGGCCGCCUUCCACCUGACCCCCGAGGAGGCGCGAGACCUGGCUAAGUCGAACGAGAGCCUAUUGCCGGCCAGAGACCACCUGCCCACGGUGCCCUGCCGGUCCGGUUGGCACUAUGACCACUCCGUCAUCUACCCCACCAUCGUGUCCGAGAUGGACUGGGUGUGCGACCAAACUUGGAAAGUGUACGUCUCUCACUCGGUCUUCUUCGGCUCCAUGUCGGCAGGAGUAAUCUUCUUCGGCGCCAUCAGUGACAAGGUAGGCCGUGUCCCCGUCAUGGCGGCGGUCUACCUGCUAUCCGGCGUAGGAGCCGUGGCCACCUACUUCUCAAAAGACUUUUACCUCUUUUUGCUGACGCGCUUCAUCCAGGGUGGCGUGCUCCUCUCCAUAUGCAACAUCCCGUUUGUGCUAGCGCUGGAGUACAUGCCCGCCAAGAAACGCAUGCUCAUGCUGGGUGCCUUUAAGUUCGUCUACCCUCUCGUGGGCGCGACAAUGCCCUGGGUGGCAUACGCGCUCGCCCACUGGCGCCUGCUGAACGCCGUCAUCGUGAUCCCCUGCCUCGUCGCAGCCGUCGUGUCACCCUUCAUACCGGAAUCCACAAGAUGGUUACUCUCGAAGGGAAAGACCGAGAGGGCCAAGAAAGUUCUGCUUCGCAUCAGUCGAGUGAACCGGAAACGUGUCGAAAGUACGGCGAUGGACGCUCUUGAGCCACCGGAGAAGAGCGACUCACAUACGCCGUCAACUGUGACCAUCUUCCAGUACCCUUCCCUACGCAGGAGCUUCGUAAUAACGGUUUUUCUUCGGUGA